GUGGAGAAGCGCGCUGGUUUUCUAGAAGGAGUGUCCGAGGGAUGGUGAGGGAGGAAAGCACCGCUGGCGGGAAUUGAAACCCCCACUCCGCCCUUGCACAGGGAGUGGAGGUUUUGAUUUUCACCACUGAAUUGAACCAAAGUGAGGAACUCCGAGCAUCUUCUGCAGCCGGUUCCUGCCGCAGACCCGGCUUCCGGCCUCAGCUGCGGGGGAUGCUACUACUGGUACUGCUGCUGCCCCUCUGCUGGGCUGUGGAGGUCAAGAGGCCCCGGGGCGUCUCCCUCACCAAUCAUCAUUUCUAUGAGGAAUCCAAGCCUUUCACUUGUCUGGACGGCUCGGCCACCAUCCCUUUCGACCAGGUGAACGAUGACUACUGUGACUGCAAAGAUGGCUCAGAUGAGCCCGGUACAGCAGCCUGUCCCAAUGGCAGCUUCCACUGCACCAACACUGGGUACAAGCCAUUAUACAUCCCUUCCAGCAGGGUCAACGAUGGGAUAUGUGACUGCUGCGACGGGACAGAUGAAUACAACAGUGGCACUAUCUGUGAGAAUACUUGCAAAGAAAAGGGCCAUAAAGAGAGAGAAUCCCUGAAGCACCUGGCAGAGCUUACCCGGGAAGGCUUCCGUCUCAAGAAGAUUCUUAUCGAGGACUGGAAGACGGCCCGAGAAGAGAAGCAGAAUAAGCUCAUUGAGCUACAGGCUGGAAGGAAGUCUCUGGAAGAGCAGGUGGAGAUGCUGCGGACCCUGAAGGAGGAGGCUGAGAAGCCAGAGAAGGAAGCCAAAGAGCAACAUCAGAAGCUGUGGGAAGAGCAGCUGGCUGCCUCCAAGGCACAGAGGGAACAGGAACUGGCAGCCAGUGCCUUCCAGGAGCUGGAUGACAACAUGGAUGGGGUGGUCUCAGUGGCUGAGCUGCAGACACACCCGGAGCUGGACACUGAUGGAGAUGGGGCACUGUCUGAAGAGGAGGCCCAGGCCCUUCUCAGUGGGGAUGUACAGACAGAUGCCACCUCAUUCUAUGACCGCGUCUGGGCUGCCAUCAGGGACAAGUACCGGUCUGAGGUGCUGCAUGUCGACUUGCCAGCCCCUUCGACCCCUGAGGUAAUGGAGCCCAGAGAGGAACAGUCAUCAGUGCCCGCCCCACCCACAGAAGAGGAGGAAGAGGAAGAAGAGGAGCCAGAGGAGGAGGAAGAGGAAGAUUCAGAGGUGCAGGGGGAGCAGCCCAAGGAGACCCCGCUCCCACUGCAGCCCCCCCACCCAGCCAGCUCCACUGAGGAGGACAAGAUGCCGCCCUAUGACAGACAGACGCAGGCUUUUGUCGAUGCUGCACAGGAGGCUCGGAAUAAGUUUGAGGAAGCUGAACGGUCCUUGAAGGAAAUGGAGGAAUCUAUUAGGAACUUGGAACAAGAGAUUUCUUUUGACUUUGGUCCCCAGGGGGAGUUUGCAUACCUGUACAGCCAGUGCUAUGAGCUCACCACCAAUGAGUAUGUCUACCGGCUCUGCCCCUUCAAACUGGUCUCACAGAAACCCAAACAUGGUGGCUCCCCUACCAACCUUGGGACCUGGGGCUCCUGGGCUGGCCCUGACCACGAUAAGUUCAGCGCCAUGAAAUACGAGCAGGGUACCGGCUGCUGGCAGGGUCCCAACCGCUCCACAACAGUGCGCCUGCUAUGUGGGAAGGAGACUGUGGUGACCAGUACUACGGAGCCCAGUCGCUGUGAGUACCUCAUGGAGUUGAUGACUCCUGCAGCCUGCCCAGAGCCACCACCUGAAACGCCCUCUGAUGGUGACCACGACGAGCUCUAGCCUGGUGGUGAGGAGAACCUCAAGACAUGAAACCAGCUCACAUACCUACGCAGCAGUCUGAACCAAGGUCUGCUCAACUAGGAUUCCUGGCUCUCCAUGAGGCAGGAACCCAUGGGGUUCCAGGCCCUGUCCUGGGGCCCAUACUGACCAAGCCAUGUUUCUAGGCCCCAGUGGCCUCCAAAGAUGGUAUUAAGGAGCCUGCCCUCUUUGGGUUCCCCAUCCUGGGGUUCAAUCCUGAACCUCACCCUACCCCUUCCUUCCUUCCCACCCGGUUGGAAUGAGUGAUCUGUGACCUCAGAAAACAAUAAAUGUGAGUUUCCCUCCAACCUA